AUUAAAAAACAAACAAUACCUAAAUAAAAAAAUAAAUAAUUAUUCUUUGAAAAUAAGUAAUAACUAAAUACUUACUAUCAUUAAUAAAUUUAAACUGAAUAAUUGUUUUAAACGUUUUAUAAAAACAAGUAAAAUUUUAUAGCUUUAUUUUUUCGAGUUUAUUUUAAAAUAAUGAUGUAAGAUUUAUACUAACUAGACCUCAUUUCAAACUCAAACUCUUGCUUUGAUAACAUAAGAGGAUUACUAUUCCCAGCUCUCUUUGAGGAAGAAAAUAACUUAGUUAGAAUUAAAGAGUUAGCUUCACAUUCUCAGUAAAAUGAACUACUUAAAAGACUAAUUUUAGUUAAAGUUAACUAAAAUUUUGAUUAAAAAUCUUCUAAUUUGUAUAGAGAACUUGCAUUAAACAUGGGAUUUAACUUGAAUAUAUAAAUCUAAGAGAGUUCUUAUUUUGAGUAGUAGGAGGUGCCAACCUUUUAGGAGCAUAUCGAAGAUCAAUAAAAUGGCGGCAAACUGAAAAGAAGUAGUUCUUUUAGCAAUGAUGAGAAUGGUCAACAUAUUUAGGAAAAUAUGAUGUUCUAUGAAAUUUAAAAUUUGUUUUUUGGAAGAAUUCCUUUGUACGUCAAGAGCUUCUUAAGCUCUAAAAAAGAAUAUUACUAAAUACAUAAUUAAUUUAAUCGUGUAUUUUUCAUGGACUAAAAUCCAUUCGACUUAUCUUCAAUUUACUUAAUAAUUAAUUCUGUAUGCUCAUUUAUGGAAUGUGAAUACGCAUCUAACUUAUUUAAAUCUAUUUAAGAUUUUAAUAAUUCAUAAAAAUAAGAUUAAAAUUUGAUACCUAUUUCAGAACAUGAUAAUGCUCCUAAAUUAGACUGUUUAAUAUCAAACUUUAAGGAUAAUCUUUUGGUUGAACUAGUCUAAUCUCUUCUUGCAGGAGAAUAAAUUAAUGAAAAAAUUAGAGUUUCUUUCACUAAUUAAUAAAUUUAUUUUGCAUUCUUUUUAGUGAUGCAUGUAAGCAAAAUAUGUACUCUUUCAUUUGGUCUAGGGAUAAAGAAUGAGAUUGAUCUAGGCUAUUUUAAAAAUUAGGAAUAAAAUAAAACCAGUUUUUAAAUAAAUUAAGAAGAAAAUGGAUAGAGCUAUUGCUAAAAUUAGUAAAAUUGUUUAAAUUAAUUUUUAUAGUGCUAAGAUUGUAAUUUAUGUGCUAAUAAUAUUCCUUCUUCAAUUGCUUUAGAUGAAACCACAAUUCCUUCAUCAAAUAGCACAGAAAUUUAAGAAGAUGAACUUUUUAGUGAAACCAUAUUUGAGGAAGUAGGAUAAAGAGAAAAAAUUUAAAGUAAACUACAUAAUAAUAUAGAUAAAAAUAUUGAGUAUUAAGAGUUUUGCAUAAGUUCAAUUGAGCCAUUUUUGAGCAGCUCACUUUUAUACGCUAUAGAUGAAUCUCACAGAUGCUUAAAAACUGAAAUUUAUCCCUUUGAAGAAUUAUUAUAAAUAAAUAAAGAACAUCUUUAGUAUUAUGUGUAAUGCUUGCUUCAUAUAAAAAACUAUCAAUAAAACCCUAAAAUCCUAGAGUAAAUCCCACCAGAAAUAAAAAAUUUCAUAAAAUACCUAGUAUUUUACCCAAAUAAAAUAGACAAGAAGAUAGCUCAUGGACUAAAAAAGCAUUUACAAUCUUUUGAAGCCUUUUCUUAAUUUGUUUAAUUUAUUACUGAUUGCCUUCUGUUCGCUAACUUAAAUGUAUUUGAGUACUAAAAUUAGUUUUGA